UUUCAGCUCAAACAGGAAAAUAACUUUCAGUUGAGUAAAUAUGCUGAUCAAAUGCAGUCGUUUCAGCUUUGAUUCAGCAUCUGCUUAGCACUCACUGCUGAUCCUUCUCAGUGCUAGUUAGACGACAUAUACCAGCCGUGUGCAUGUGUGGACUACUCGAUCUAAAGGCUCAUUUGGUUAUCGUUCUUCCGCUAAUAUCAUCUAAACCUAGAGUCACUAAUAACAAAGACAGACACGAAGACAUUGACUUAAUAGAAUGAAGAUAGACCUGAAACUUCUCCUGGUCAUUCUGGCUGUCGUUCUUCUCGUUGAAUUUCUGGCAGCCGCCGAGCCUCUCUUAAGGAUAAGAAGUAGCUCUAGUACGAGUAGACGACGUUCUCUCGGCAGUACCAGGCGACGAACAUCUAGCCUUUCCCGUCGUCGGAGUUCCUCUUCCAGUUCGAAUUCUUCAUCAAGCACUGGAGGCAGUUCCACAGUUACAGUAGUCGUAGUCGUAGUCAUCGUAGUGAUAGUACUUGUUAUCAUUAUCAUUAGUUGUUGUGGCUAUUUAAUACAUUGUCGUCAGAGAGGACGCCAACCGGUAUUCGAACAAGAGGAGCAAGAAUUGGAGCCUCGAGAUCCAAUAUUUAAGGGCCCUCAAGAUGGCGAUACAGGUUCAAAGACUGACGGUGAAACAACCAAUGAAAGUAAUCAACAAAAAAACAGUGAUUUUGAUAAAAAGGGAGUUGAUGCAGGAUCUUUAUUGCCUUACCCACCCGAGGCCAGUGACCAAAAUGCUGCCUAUCCACAAACCUCCUUUCCGUACCCCCCACAAGAAGGCAACUAUCCCCCCGACGAGAUCAAACAUGCUCCUUCCUACCCCACACAAUCUACAAAUAGCGCCUAUCCUCCCCAGGGGUCGGGAGAGGAAGAACCUGGUGUGCCACAAGCGAUAUGGCCAGGACAACCUCGCGAGGGAAGUACAGUAAGCGCUCCUCGCAUACAGUUCGAGAGUGGAGAUGAUUUGCCGCCACCUCCUUCUUAUGAAGAUAUAGACACGAAGAAAAAAAUGUAACUCUUGCUUUCUUGCUUUCUUGCUUCCUUGCUUUCUUGCUUUCGCCUCCUUGCCUCCUAGCCUCCUUGCCUCCUAGCCUCCUUGCCUCCUUGCCUCCUUG